AUGCGACAAGGGAGUACGCACGACGCUGACACCUUACAUCUCCCCGAACAUGGUUUUCCUGGGGCGUCAUCGGAUCCCAGUGCUGACGGCGAGUUGCCAGUUGCACAGGCCGUAUGCCCUUCCUGUCCUGAGGUCUGUAUGGAGAGCUCCCAAAAUUUAGGGGACGGUGGGGGGGAACCUGCAUCUGCAGACUGCAGCACAGGAGAUGCACAUGGGGUUGGACAAGCGCUUGCAGAGGCCUCGCAGCAAGCAGUGGCAGAAAUCGCCGACCAAACUGCCGAAGGCACGUCCCAUCCAGAAGAAGAACUACAGGCAGCAGCUGCUGACUCGGAUCCAGAGUGUGGCAAGGAGAGACAAAGAAGUGGGCUUUCAGUUGAGCACACGCUAGAACAUUCUUUGGUCAGCAGUGCAGACGCGCUUCAUACAGGGCUUGGUCCUAGUGAACAACAGCGAGAUGGACCUGAACUUACUGCAUGCAGCCCUCCUGUAGAGGAACAAGAGAAACAGGAACCCCAUGUCGUACCUCUGCCGCCAAGCUCGUCCUCGGCGACAGAUAUGUCGCUGAGCUCCUGCUCGCCGACAGAGGCAUCAUACUUGCCAACACGUUUCUCAUGUACCGCGAAUGCAACUACCGACCAGGAAAAGAAGCCGAUGAGCGAGGUGUGUUCUGGAAGCGAGGCUAGGAGUUCGUCCGAGGAUCCGCAGGAGCGGCAGACGAUACACGGCGCCUCUCCGGCCAUUGUGCCGGAGGCUGGUGCAUCAUCGAGCACCAGGCUAGGUUCGGGGCUAGAUGCUGCGGCGGCCAAACAAAGCCACCAGGAUGCGUCUGAAGAGCCUGGACGGGAGGCCACAGAGCCGAAACGCGAGGUGUCCCGUGGCAGCGAGGGUAGAACCUCGUGUGCGGAUACCCAGGAGAGCCACGCGAAGCAGUGCUCUUCUACGGAACGUGCCCAGGAGGCUGGUACAUCGCUGUGGAGCAGCUUUUGGUCAGCCUUGACGCCUGUGGAGGAUACUAGCCGAGUCUUUCAGGAUGCGGCGGACGUAGCUGUAGGGGCUACUGAGGAGCCGAAGCGCGAGGGGUCGCGUGGAAGCCAGGGUAUCAGCUCGUGUGAGGACCGGGAGGCGCGCCCGGCGGGGCCUGAGGCAUCGGCAGACAGUGUCCAGGGUGGUGAAUUGUGCGGUUUGGGUUUGGUUGGGGAGGCUGCUGCGACUGACGACAGCUUCCAGGAUCCAUCAAACCAUUCUGAAGAGGAGGCGGAAGAGUCGUGUGUUGAGGAAUUGCCUGGCAAUGAGGGAGGCGGAGGCGUCGAAAGGCGACGCCUCGCUUGA